AAGAUGCAGAGUAGACCAAUAGACAGAAGAACAUCUAACACUACCAACUAUGCGAAAAAACAAUUAGUAUCCUAAAUAUUAUGUUGUGCAUCUAUUACGCCUUCAGAGUAUCCAUAUAAGGAAAAACCUUAUCGGCAAAUACGGUCCAACUUCCACAAAGUCCUGCCGGUGCAGUGCACGAAAAGCCGCUUCUAUUUCAUGUCGAGAGCGCGCAAAUGGUAAUGGUGCGCGCUCCACUCAGUCAAUUGCAUGUGUAAUCUUUUCGGCCGACACUGUGAAGAUGGCGAUGAGAAUAGCGUUCCGGUGCCUUUCUGCCAACUUUUCCCCAGUACUGCUUCAGCUUUCUCGACCUGUACAGAUCUCCGCAAAUCGGUUCUUAUGGAAGGCCAACACCGCACGGACACUGAGCACGGCCUCGCGACUGUCCACAGCCCUCAAAUUCACAGACAAGCAUGAGUGGGUACGAGUAGAGGGAGGAGUUGGCACAGUUGGCAUCAGCAAUUUUGCUCAGCAAGCAUUAGGUGAUGUGGUGUAUUGUGGACUCCCUGAGGUGGGGCAAAAACUUGAACAAAUGGAUGAGUUUGGUGCUUUGGAAAGCGUGAAGGCUGCUAGUGAGCUGUACUCUCCUCUGACUGGAGAGAUAACUGAAAUCAACACAGAGCUGGCAGACAACCCUGGACUAGUGAAUAAAUCCUGCUACGAAGGGGGCUGGCUAAUUAAGAUGACUAUUGACAACCCAGCAGAACUUGAUGGCCUCAUGGACGAUGGUUCCUAUGAGAAAUUUGUCAAAUCACUUGAUGAGUAGACUGCUCGACUCUCCAUGUUCUUUUUUUAAAUGUUAUUUUUAAUGAUGAUUACAGGUCUUUCACACUAAUCCUAUCUGGACUGGCUGUAAAAUCUCAGCUAAAAUGAGAUUAUGUAAAGUAGCCAUAUUUAUUUGGACUGUAAUUGUUUAAUCACCAAGAUAACCUAGGUGCUUAUUGCUGAUGAAACCACAAGACAACCUGAUGUGUUUGUUCCCAUGUCCUGUUGGCACAACGAUAAGUCCUGUUGACACAACGAUAAAUCCUGUUGGUACGACCAUAAGGUUUAAUUAUUUCAGGUGCUUUGUUUGGACUGAAAAAAAAAUUGAGAAGUGGCAACAGGUUGGAAAGUGACUGGAAAUGAAGUCAGAUAAAUAAAUACAACAGACAAUCCAUUGUUUUUUUCAUUAUGACUUUUAUAUUCCCUCUGGUGGGAAGAAUUGUAUACAGUACUAUUCACUUGCUUUACAUAAACCACCUUGAGUCCUUAUCUAAUAGUCAAAACCUAGUUUGGUGUCUGGCAAUGCAAGACUAGUCAAAACCUAACCUUGGCUGGCAGCCUGGCACUUCCAAAGACUCCCACACUUGUAGAUUCACAUUCUUCAGCAAGAUAACCUUCUUUAGAACAAAAGACUAAAGCACAAAUUAAGCAAGAAUCAAUUCUAUUUGGGAUAUUUUCGUAUUUUGAGGUGACAUCUGGAAUAUGUGGGAUAUAUUGCAUUUUUGUUACACCGCCUGUAUUAUUAUACUGGAUUGUUGACAUAGCUUACUAAUAUAUCUACUGCUAUACAUAUCAUUCUUAGUAUAUAUUUUUGGUGUAGGCCUAUAUAUGCAUAGAUUGCAUUUGGAUUACUGAUAGUGUUAUUUGGGUUAACUGGAUUUUUCCUGACAUGAUAUCUUGUUUUUGAUUAUUUGUGUACUUGUUUGACAUUUUUACUGCAUUGUUAGGAGCAUUUCGCUGCACCUGCUAUAACCUCUGCUAAAUUGUGUAUGCUACCAAUAAAAUUUGAUUUGAUAUA